UUCAAAUUAUUGCCACAGUUUCGUCUCGCCAUGGUUGACCCGGUCGUUCGUUCGUUUGUCGUGCGAGUAUUAAUCGCAUUUUUGUCCGGUUUGAUUGCGGCCACGUUGCUCGUUACACUAAUGGUACGACAAGAAAUCGCUCCUUCUGAGAUGCAACCUCCACCGGUACCGCUAGCUCGAAUAAGUGAAGGGUGCGAUGAUUUUCCUGCACUAAAAAAUGAUAAUCUGCUCCGGGCUGCCAGGGGUGAACCAGUGGAUCGUGUACCGGUAUGGGUGAUGCGUCAGGCCGGACGCUACCUGCCGGAAUUUCAGGAAGUACGGGCAAAACAUGACUUCUUUACCGUCUGUCGGACACCGGAACUUGCCUGCGAAGUGACAAUGCAGCCCCUGCGACGGUUUGAUCUGGACGCCUCGAUCAUCUUUUCCGACAUCCUUGUAAUCCCGCAGGCUUUGGGUAUUACAGUCGAGAUGAAACCAGGUGUUGGUCCCGUACUGCCCGAACCACUCGUCGGUCCAGCCGAUCUCGAACGACUCAACCAGACCGGUACUAUUGAACGGUUGAAAUAUGUGGGCGAAGCCAUCACCAUGAUGCGUCGGAUGCUCGAGGGCAAGGUACCACUGUUCGGAUUCACCGGUGCACCCUGGACGUUGAUGGGUUACAUGAUAGAGGGAGGCGGUAGCAAAACCAUGUCGAAGGCAAAAGCGUGGCUGACAGACUAUCCAGAGGCGAGCCAGAAGUUGCUGGACAUUCUUACCGACCAAGUCGUCGACUAUUUGGUCAUGCAGGUGAAGGCUGGUGCGCAGAUGCUGCAGGUAUUCGAGUCCUCUGCGGACCAUCUCAGCAAGGAACAAUUCCUUUCCGUUUCGUUACCCUGUCUGAAACGCAUCCGUGUCGAUUUGCUGCGAAAACUAGCCGACGAAGGUGUUCCCGCUGUCCCGAUGGUGCUUUUCGCGAAGGGAGCAAUGCAUUCGCUGGCAGAGCAAGCCCAAACCGGCUAUGAAGUACUUGGGCUCGAUUGGACAAUCGAUCCGGAAGAGGCUCGAAAGCAAGUUGGACCGAAUGUGACACUGCAGGGAAACUUGGACCCGCAGGAUAUGUACAAAUCGCCCGAAGAGUUGCGGGAGCUCGUGCUGACGAUGGUGCGGAAGUUUGGCAAGCAUCGCUACAUUGCUAACCUAGGACAUGGCAUUACACCGCAGACACCCAUCGAAAGCAUGACCGUGUUGGUGCAGGCAGUUCACGACGCAUUGUGAUAACGGAAAAUUCGUGCCCUCUUCUCGAGCCUAUCUUUCAAAGUGUGUGCUCAAAAAUGCAUUUUUGAUAAAAUUUUGCAUUUAAACAUCAUUAAGACACGAAUUAUCAGUGAAUACAACAGGAGUUGCACAAUAAAAUCAUUGCCUACUAUCACAUUCUAAUGCUUGCCAUAGCAGGUGAUGAAACGAUGGCAGCAUUGUUAUCGCUUCAAGCGCUAUGGAUGUUCUAACGAAACUGUAAGAGAACGUUCAAAUUGUAUUGUUAAGGGCGCAAAAGGGUGUAUUUUGUUUUGUUGUUUAAUGAGGGAAAAAUGAACCGUUGGGUGAAUAAAAUAGACAAAAGAUGUUGCACCAUCUUAGAAAGCAACGUACGUGUUUAUGGGUCAAACAACGAACCUUACAGGCAAUCUCUGCUUUGAGCAAGUUGGUUCUUCACGAUUAUC